AUGGGCAAACGGGGCGGUAAAAGAAAUGGCCGUGGUCGUGGCGGCGGCGGCGGAGGCCCUCGACCCCGACAAGACAACAGAACGAAUAAAGAGGAAAUAAGUCGAUACAAUGACAAGUUUGAAGAGUACUACAAUCAGCUUGGAAUCAUACCGGACGCGGAGAAAUCUCAGUUCUGGGAGGCUAUGAGGAGAGACCUGCCCAACAGUUUCAGGUUCACCGGUUCAAGAGCACAUGCACUGGCUGUUCAGCAACGGCUGCGCGACUACUAUAUCCCGGAGAUAACAGGCAUCACAUAUGAGGGUCAAUACGUCGAGGCCCCACGACCGGUCGAAUGGUACCCGGACCAACUCGCCUGGUAUAUGACGACGCCCAAGAACGUCAUCCGCCGAUUCAAGCCGUUCGCAAACUUCCAGAAGUUCCUGGUCGCGGAAACGGAGGUGGGAAACAUCACUCGACAAGAGGUGGUCAGCAUGAUUCCACCCUUGCUCAUGGACCUAAAACCCGGCAUGACGGUUCUGGAUCUGUGCGCUGCGCCUGGCAGUAAAUCCGCACAAUUGAUCGAGAUGAUCCAUUCCGGAGAGGAGGACCGGUGCAGACAGGUUGCGUCGAACAUCGCCAACGGUCUCGAUAGACCUGAAGGAGAAGACUUUGAAGACGACGGUCGUGCCACGGGGCUGCUCGUUGCCAACGACGUCGACUACAGACGGGCGCACAUGCUGGUCCACCAGAUGAAAAGACUCAGCUCCCCAAACAUCAUUGUUACGAAUCACGACGCUACGGUUUUCCCAUCUAUCAAAGUCUCUUCGCCCCCAACAGCCCAAGGAAAGCCUGUCCAGAAUAGAUAUCUGAAAUUCGACCGUAUCCUGGCGGAUGUCCCUUGCUCCGGAGACGGCACAGUGAGGAAGAACAUGGAGAUAUGGAAGAAGUGGUCGCCUAGCAAUGGACUCGGGCUACAUGCCACGCAAGUCCGGAUCCUGAUCCGUGCCCUACAGAUGCUCAAAGUGGGUGGACGAGUGGUCUACUCGACCUGCAGCAUGAACCCGGUUGAAGACGAAGCAGUGCUUGCUGAAGCCAUCAAUCGCUGUGGAGGUCCCGAUCUAGUUCGACUACUCGAGACGAAGAAUUACUUGCCCGGCCUCAAACGUUGCCCAGGGCUGAAAGAAUGGACUGUCAUGGACAAAGCCGGGCGGAUCUGGAAAGACUACGAUUCUGUGCUGAAGCAGAAGGAAAGUGCGGGCGAAGAGGGAUUGGGCCGAUUGUCGGAGAGCAUGUUCCCUCCAAAGAACGACCUGCCUCUCGACCGGGCCAUGCGCGUCUACCCCCAUCAACAAGAUACCGGUGCAUUCUUCAUCGCGAUCCUCGAGAAACAGUCCGAGAUCAGAGCGAAACCUGAGGAGAAGCCGGCUGUCAUGUCGCAAACCACAAAGGUGCUAGCCGCAGACUCCAACGGACUGAAGGUGGAGCUAGAAACCGCCCCGGAUGGAGUGGUAGAAAAGGUCAAUGGCAGCACAGCAGCGGACAGCGAAACACCAUUCAAGAGGAAGCGCUCCGUUGACGAAGAAGAGGUUGCGCCGGUAAAGCGAGUGAAGAGCGAGGACCAUCUUGCUCCCGAAGCAGACACGGGCAGUGAGCAAAUACCAACGACCAACGACUCCGCCGCCGAGCCACUCACGACAGCCCCGUCAAACGCUCAACCGCCACCACCAAAGAAGAAGAAUCGUGAUCAGCCAUUUGAGGAAGCCUUCAAGUAUCUGUCCCCUUCGAUCCCCGAACUCGCCCAAAUCAAAGAAUUCUACAAUCUCUCCCCACGAUUCCCGUCGGACCGAUACAUGGUCCGCAACGCCCAAGGCACAGCCACGAAGAACAUAUACUACACGAACGCACUCGCCAAAGAGAUCCUGCAGGAAAACGAAGGCAAAGGACUCAAGUUCGUCCACGCCGGUGUGAAGAUGUAUGUCAAGCAAGACGCCCCUGCGCCGGAUGUGUGCCCUUGGCGGAUCCAGACGGACGGGCUGAGGCUCCUCGAGGCCUGGGUCGGUCCGGAACGGAUUGUCAAGCUGCACAAGAAGGAGACGCUGCGAAAGCUGUUGAUCGAGAUGUUCCCCAAGUUCCAUGGCGAGGAGUACAAGAAUCUGGGCGAGGUCGGCGAGCAGAUCCUGCCCCUGGAAAUGGGCUGCUGCGUUUUGAUCGUCGACCCAAGUGAGGCCGAGGAUGGCCUCAGCGAGAGAAUGGUCUUUCCGCUCUGGAAAUCGGUCCAGAGUCUGAAUUUGAUGCUGCCCAAGGAAGAGCGAAGGGCCAUGUUAUUGAGGUUGUUCAACGACGAUACGCCGCUGGUCAACCCGAGUAAAGGCUGGAUCGCCGCCGGGAAGAAAGGUGAUGCAGCAGCGGCAAAAGAGAAGGACGCGCAGAAGCCGGGAGAGUCCGACGCGAUGGACGUCGAUGCCACGUCGGUUCAGGAAACCCCGCGGGAGCCGGCGAUACCUGUCCGCAACAGCAGCUCUCCUGAACCCGUGGCUGAUGACACUGUCAAUGACGAGGGCGAAGAUGCUACGGCGGUCCCUGAGACUGGGAUCUCGGAGGACGAAGAAGACGGUGGCGUUCAGAUCUCAUAA